GGCAUCUUGGAGAGCACCUCAAUCUGGGCCUAGUGUCUCUCCCGCCGGGUGUGCAUGUGAGACGCGCGAGACGCGAGGUGUUUGUGUAGCGUGCCGCCCACCCCGCCGCCGCCGCCGCUAUGGAGACGAGCCGAGCGUGGAGGUUCUCGACGUGCCUCUUGUUGGGAUUACUUCUUCUCGCCACUACCUUGCAGAAUGUGCAAGGAGAGGAAGAGUCGGAGGCUCCUUCGCAAUGCAAGCCUUUCAUCGAGAAAGCGUUGAAGGAGCAGCAGAAGGAGGACGUGCCACCCGACCAAGAAGGCGCGAUAGUAGCAGACGACUCCGAAUACGACGCGAAUGCCGGAGAACUCGAGCCCGACACAGGCGACAAUGCCAUCACCGACAGCACUGAGACUCAACAGCUCGAUGAAACCGGAGUUUCAGUCGAAACCGACCAAACUGAACAAUCUGAACAAACGGAAGGAACUGAAGCUGCAAGUGUGGAGCAGCAGGACGAAACAAACAUCGAGAUUCAAAAUGAAGUAGUAGAAGAGUCUGAAACUGAAACUACUGAAACUACUGAUGCAGAAGGCGCGUCGGUUGAAGAAAUGCAAGCGGAUCAACCUUCAGACGCUCAAGAAUCUGCCGAAGAACCACCGGCGGCCGAGGAAGACAUUCAAGAGCAAUCAGUUGAAAUUGAGGGCAAUACUGUUGAAGACAACGCAGCUGCUAGCACGGAGGAUGUUGUAGAGCCAUCUGCAGAAACGAAUGAAGCAGAAGACGUAAUAUCUCAAGAAGGUGAGGCGGAAACUGACUUAGAAUCAGUUGAAGCAACAACUCAAGAAACUCAAGCUGAAUCCACCGAAACACAAGAGCAAACAGAAUCAAUUGAAGAGCCAGCUGAAGCCAGUGAUUCCACUGUGGAAGGUGAAGGUGAUGCUGUUGAAUCAGUUGAAACGACGACUGAAGCUGAUGAAGAACCAGCUGCAUCAGUUGAAACUGAAGCUGAACCUGAAGUUCAGGAAACUGAAACAGAGAGCGUUGAAGCAGUAGAUGGUGAGUCUGUCGAAAGUGUGGCUGAAGAAACUGAUAAAAUUGAAGAUGGAAAAUCCGCAGAAACAGAAAGCGAGCCUGCCAGUGAACAAGAAGCACAAGCUGCGACAUCAGUUGAGGAAACCGCGGAGGAAAAGGAAAUUGUAAAAGAACAAGAAGAGCAGCCUGAAGCUACAUCCCAGGAAACAGAAUCCGUCAAAGAGAGUGGUGAGUCAGUACCAUCCGCUGAAGAAAGUGAACCAGAAGUGCAACCUGAAAGUGCUGAGGCCAAAGAAGUAGAUGAGAAACCCACCGAGAAAGAGGAAACAGUCGACUCAGAGGCAGUACAAGAACCAGAACCUAGCGCAGCAGAGGAAAAAGAAACAUCCGAAGUAGAAGAAUCGAAAGAAGCCGCUCCCGAAGAAGACUUAACAUUAGAUAUUGAGAUUCCCGAUAAUUUGCGUCCUCGUGACCACAUUGAUCAAUUGCUCAAGUUGGACGAUUCGAACGAUAAGGGAGAAGCAAUCGUCAACAAAAUUAACGAAGUGACAUUGAAAGAUCUGAAAAGACUGUACGAGAACGCGAUUAAACCGUUGGAAACUUUAUAUAAAUACAGGGACUUAAGCAAUAGACAUUUUGGUGACUCUGAAAUUUUUUCCAAGCCAUUGGUGGUGUUCAUGGGCCCCUGGAGCGGUGGAAAAUCAUCAAUUGUCAAUUAUUUGCUAGAUAACGAAUAUAAUGCCACUUCACUACGAACCGGUGCGGAACCAUCACCUGCUUACUUUAACCUGGUGAUGCACGGUAAAGAACCCGAGGUUUUGGAUGGAACGCAACUUGCAGCGGACUUUACCUUUGCUGGCUUGCAGAAGUUUGGCCAAGGUUUGGAAGAACGACUCAGAGGCCUAAAGCUUCCCAACAAACUCUUAGAAAAGAUCAACAUUGUUGAGAUUCCGGGAAUUCUCGAAGUGCGCAAGCAGGUGUCGCGCGUGUUUCCUUUCAACGACGCUUGCCAAUGGUUCAUCGACAGGGCGGAUAUCAUCUUCCUCGUCUACGAUCCCAGUAAACUAGACGUUGGACCAGAAACCGAGGCAAUUUUGGACCAGUUGAAGGGCAGAGAGCAUCAGACGCGCAUCGUUUUAAAUAAAGCCGAUCAAGUCAAGCCCGAGGAACUGAUGCGUGUUCAAAGCGCGCUGAUCUGGAACAUCUCGCCGCUAAUGUCAUCCGCUCAGCCGCCCGUCAUGUACACCACGUCGUUAUGGUCGCGCCCCUAUGAGACAUGGGCACCCGUCCGCCUCCUGCAGGCGCAAGAGCGCGCUUUCCUCCGUGACCUGCGCUCCGCCGUCGACAAGCGGAUCGAAAACAAGAUUUCCAGUGCGCGAAGAUUCGCGGUGCGCGUACGCAACCACGCCAAGAUGGUAGACUGCUACCUGACCACCUACUACAACCACAAAUCCGUCUUCGGCAACAAGAAGCAGGUCGCCGAACAAAUCAUCGAACAUCCCCAGGAUUACCACAUCUACGAGGGCCUCUCUACCCUGACCAACAUAUCCCGCUACGAUCUUCCCGACCCCGACGUGUAUCGCGACUUUUUCCGCUUGAAUCCAGUCUAUGACUUCCAGCAACUGUCCGCCACCUGCACCUAUUUCCGCGGCUGCCCCAUCAACAAGCUGGACGUCGCCAUCGCCUACGACUUGCCCGAACUGGUCGGCAAACACAAGAAACUCGUCGAGGGGGCUCUCGCCAACCUCAAACCCGACAACAGUUGAUGUGCGCAAAUGGCACAAUUGGACCAAUAAGCUCAAGAUGCUUAUAAUAUCAUUUGGUGUUCAAUCACAAACCUCGAUUUGAUCAUAAUUUAUUUAUUCCAUGCCUCUCACUCACACACACACACACCCACACGACAUACAUACACUUACCCACCGCCACUUGAAUAUAAAUAAACGGUGUUAAGUAUACGAAUCGAUCGUAUGAAUUGUAUUAGUUUAUAAUUUCUAGUUUUAAAAACGGUGCUGUGCACAUAUGGCUUUGGUACUCCUCUGAUUUUCGUUUGUCUGUAAAAUAUUCUGUGUUUGUUGUCAAACACGAACGAGUGAAAUUUAUGGCAUUUACGAAUUUCCCGCAAUCGGAUUGUUUCUUAAGAAGGUCGCCGCCCGCUCACUGCUCACGACGCUAACGAUGAUGUACAAAUGUUUAUUGUAAAUACGCAUGACAAUUAUCCUUACUUAUAUACUGAUUGAUUGAUUGAUUGAUGGUUCACUUCGACGAACGCGCUAAGUAUAUUUAAUAUCAUGCAACGAUACACUCCCACACAUUUACACACAGCCAGAAAAAAACGUUCGACAUCGCAGAAAUAAACAGUUACAUUAUUUAGUUUUAGGUGUACGUAAUCCAUAUGCAAAAAGGAAUAAAAGAACUUGAAAGCG